UUUAGAAUAGGUAUUUAUGGUCAAAUAAAUAGUUAACUUCAAAUAUUAUUCUAAUGUCACAUCCACAGGUGGCAAAGACCCAACAAACUCCAGAGGAGCCCAAACCACUGAACAGUCAGACCAUUAUCAGUAAAACCAUCCAUUAUGAAGAACCAGCACAGAACCAGGCCAGCAUGACCACUAAGAGACAGUACAUCACCAAAGUGUUUGAAAUUACAGAGAACGUCACCACCCAGAUGCAUGAAAACCAGAGAUCUGAAUCUGGUCUCAAUGCAAGGAAAGAGGAGCACACUACUUCGGUUAUGCUUGGUGGAAAGUCAACAACUAUUGCUGGAGUCUAUGUGGAAUCGAGUAAAAAGAAGAUGUCGUUUCUGGAGGCAUCCGAAAAAGGAUUCCUGGCUAAAACUUAUGCUGUGGAGUUUCUUGAGGCUCAAGCUGCCACUGGAAGGAUCACAGAUUUGGCAACAGGUCAAAUCCUUUCAGUUCUCGAAGCUGUUGAAAAGGGCAUUGUUGAUCCGGCUUUGAAAAAUAAACUAACAGAAGCAGAGAAAGCAUUUACAGGUUAUGUCUAUGCUGGGAAAAAGCUGUCUGUGUUUCAAGCCAUACAACAGAGGAUUAUUGAUAGGUACAGAGGGAAGAUAUACUUGGAAGUGCAGUUGUCUACAGGGGGGCUGAUCAACCCAGAGACAGGGGCUAGAGUGCCUGCUAAUACUGCUAUUGACCAGGGCCUUAUAGAUAAAGAUACCCUGCAAAGUCUGUACGAACCAGUUAGUAACACAAAAGGUUUUCACAGCCUGGAUACGGGACAGAAGGUGUAUUACUCUGAAAUACUUAAGUCAUGUGUUUUCGACAUUGACAGCGAGGUGUAUCUAGUCCCGUUUGGAGAUAGACAUCUUACCAGUAUCUCUCCCACUAGCUCCCAUAGAAAUUGUGUCGUCAGCAGCAGCCAGGGCAGUGAAAUGUCAGCUUAUGAGGCCUUUAAGAAGAAAUACAUUGACAGCACCACAUAUCUGGCUUUAUCCAAACAAGAAAGUCUAUGGGAGGAAAAGUCCAUAGUUGAUGCCAGUGGUACAUCUGUGCGUGUUAUCAGUGAUCCUAGAAGUGGCCGAGAGAUUUGUCUAGAAUAUGCUUUGAGACAUCGUUUUCUUGAAAAGUCUGAGUUUGAAAGCUAUUGCAGUGGCAUUCUGAGUAUCUAUGAGUUAGCCGAUGUUAUAUUUUCAAGGAUGGUGGUAGUGGAGGAUGCUAGCAGCCCAAUAGCUGGUCUCUGGGAUGUAACGUCACGGAAGCGACUAAGUAUUUUCCAGGGUUGUCAGCAGGGUUUUACUGAUAGAGCCACUGCAUUGAGGUUGCUGGAGGCGCAGGCUUGUACAGGUGGAAUAUGUGAUCCUGCUUCAGGGGAGAAAGCUAGGCUGACCGAAGCUGUUAAAAGAGGCCUUGUGGAUGAAUCGCUAGCACAGCAGCUACAGCAGUUCGAGCAGUCUUAUUAUGGCAUUGUAAAUCCAAAAACUGGAAAAACAUUAUCUGUUUCCCAAGCGGUCCAGGAAAACCUCCUACCAAAAGAUGUUGGCUUUCGCUGUAUUGAGUUCCAGCUUCUGACUGGAGGACUGGUGAACCCUGAGACACAUGAGAGGGUGUCUUUUGAGGAGGUGAUGCAGAGUGGGCUGGUGGACAAAGUCACUGCCGCUGUGCUCAAAGAUGAGAAGUUUCACACCAAAAGUCUGACGUGUCCGAAGACGAAGCGGAAGAUCACGUUUAAAGAGGCACUGGAGAGGAGUGUGUUUGACUGUCAUACUGGGCUGAGGCUACUGGAGGCCACCAAGCUUCACCCAUUUGGUGCAAAAGCCAUGUAUCACUAUAUCUUAGCAUAUAAAUAGUUACUCUAACUUUGUAUGUCUGUUGUUGAAGUAUGGCUGUAUUCAAUAAAUGUACUUGUAUUUCUUGUGUUUUGGAGCGUAUAACAUAAGUGGAUCUUCAGUUGAGUUUUAUUUAUGUUAUUUUCAUUUGAGCAUUUAGGAUUCUUGACCCUAUAACUGACAUGGUUAGCAAUGUUACUUAAA